AUGGCACCGGGCGAUAUGGUGCCCGAGCAUGCCAAACAAGUCAAACCCAAGGAGAAGCGUCCCGGAAAUAGACCCUCAAAAGCUGAAACUGAGACUAAUGGUUCGUUUGUCUUUGAGGCGCAUGAGGCCUGGAAGGACUUCCACAACUCUCUCAGGCAUUUCUAUGAAGUGGGGGAACUCUGUGAUGUGACACUCAAGGUUGGCAGCAGGUUGAUACCAUGCCACAAACUCGUGCUUGCAUGUGUGAUUCCUUACUUCAGAGCCAUGUUCUUGUCUGAAAUGUCUGAGGCAAAACAGGAACUGAUAGAAAUAAAGGAUUUCGACGGUGACGCCAUCCAGGAUCUUGUACAUUUUGCUUAUUCCUCGAAGCUGACGUUGACCGUGGACAAUGUGCAGCCGCUUCUGUAUGCAGCGUGUAUACUUCAUGUGGAGUUAGUUGCUCGAGCGUGUUGCGAGUACAUGAAAGCUCAUUUCCACCCCACAAACUGUCUCGCCGUUCGCACGUUUGCCGAGAGCCACAACCGCGUGGACCUGAUGGACAUGGCGGACCGCUACGCCUGCGAGCAUUUCAAAGAGGUGGUGGACUGCGAGGACUUCAUUUCCGUCUCGCCUCAGCACCUGCGCACUCUGCUUUCCUCCAACGAUCUGAACAUCCACUCAGAGACGCAGGUUUACGCCGCCGCCGUGAAGUGGCUGAAGUCCAACCCGCAGCACCACGAGGCCUGGCUGGAGCAGGUCAUGUCUCAGGUGCGGCUGCCGUUGCUCUCGGUGGAGUUCUUGACGGGGACUGUAGCUAAGGAUGAGAUGAUCAAAGGGAACCUCAGCUGUCGAGACCUUUUGGAUGAAGCCAGGAACUACCACCUGCACAUGAGCAACAACGUGGUGCCAGACUUUGAAUACUCGGUCCGCACUGUGCCCCGGAAGCACACUGCAGGUGUUUUGUUUUGUGUCGGCGGCAGAGGAGGUUCCGGCGAUCCCUUUCGCAGCAUCGAAUGUUACUCCAUUACGAAGAAUAGUUGGUUUUUUGGACCCGAGAUGAACAGCAGGAGGCGACAUGUUGGGGUCAUCUCUGUCGGCGGCAAGGUAUAUGCUGUUGGCGGCCAUGACGGUAACGAGCAUUUAGGAAACAUGGAGGUGUUCGACCCUCACACCAACAAGUGGAUGAUGAAGGCCUCGAUGAACACGAAGAGGAGGGGUAUUGCCCUGGCUGCUCUCGGGGGUCCCAUCUACGCCAUCGGGGGUUUGAACGACAACUCCUGCUUCAACGACGUGGAGAGAUACGACAUCGAGAGCGAUUGCUGGAGCUCCGUGGCCCCCAUGAACACCCCUCGCGGCGGGGUCGGCUCCGUAGCUUUAGGGAGCUACGUCUACGCGGUCGGGGGCAAUGACGGCGUGGUGUCGCUGUCCAGUGUGGAGAGGUUCGACCCCCACCUCAACAAGUGGUCCUCCGUGAGCGAGAUGGGGCAGAGGCGAGCCGGAAACGGAGUCAGCAAACUCAACGGCUGCCUUUAUGUCGUGGGUGGAUUUGACGAUAACUCUCCUCUGAGCUCCGUGGAACGAUUCGACCCCCGCAUGGACCGCUGGGAGUUUGUGUCGGAGCUGACCACGCCACGGGGAGGAGUCGGCGUCGCCACGGUGAUGGGAAGAGUGUUUGCGGUGGGAGGACACAACGGGAACAUCUACCUGAACACGGUGGAGGCGUUCGAACCCAGAAUGAACAGAUGGGAGCUGGUGGGCUCGGUGUCACACUGUCGGGCUGGAGCCGGUGUCGCCGUGUGUUCUUCCCACGUGAGUCAGAUCCGGGACGUGGGCCAGGGUUCCAGCAACGUGGAGAACUACUCUACAGCUGUUAAUCCUCGUCGCUCUUCUGGCCAAUGCUCAUGGCGUGUGUCGCAGCGGCUGGAGGGAGCACGAGAGUAA